AUGUCCGGCGGCGGCCGAGCUAUAGCCGUUCUCAACGUGGCGGAGAAGCCAUCGGUGGCGAAGUCAGUCGCCACCAUCCUGUCGAGGAACCAAGGGUUGCGAGUCCGAGAAGGCCGCUCCCGCUACAACAAGAUAUUCGAGUUCGAUUACAACAUCAGGGGGCAGCCCUGUCGCAUGCUGGUGACUUCCGUUACCGGCCACAUGAUGGAGCUCGAGUUCGAAGAGCGCUACCGGAAGUGGCACUCCUGCGACCCCGCCGAUCUCUAUCGAGCUCCCGUUCGGAAAUUCGUUCCCCAGGACAAGCUAGAUAUAAAGAGGACACUGGAAGAGGAAGCUAGGAGGUGCCAGUGGCUUGUGCUGUGGCUCGACUGCGACAGGGAAGGGGAGAACAUCGCAUUUGAAGUUAUUGAUAUAUGCACUGCAGUUAACCACCGUCUUACCAUCAAAAGGGCUCGCUUCUCUGCACUCAUUGAGAGGGAGAUUCAUGCCUCGGUGCAGAAUCUUGUCAAUCCCAAUAAACGGUUUGCUGAAGCUGUGGAUGCUAGACAAGAAAUUGAUCUGCGUAUUGGUGCUUCCUUCACCAGAUUUCAGACAAUGCUUUUAAGAGAUGCAUUUGUUAUUGAUUCUGCCACAGAUGACAGAAACCUUGUCCUAAGUUAUGGUCCCUGCCAAUUUCCCACCCUAGGUUUUAUUGUUGAACGCUUUUGGGAGAUCCAAGCACAUGAGCCUGAAGAGUUUUGGACAAUUAACUGCUCUCACAGAUCUGAAGAAGGUCUUGCUACCUUCAAUUGGACGCGUGGACAUCUAUUUGACUACACUUGUGCGGUUAUAUUAUAUGAGAUGUGUGUUGAGGAGCCGUCUGCGACAGUUACUAAAGUUAGACAGCAGGAGAAACACAAGUAUCCUCCACAUCCCUUGAACACAAUUGAGCUAGAAAAACGGGCAUCUCGUUAUUUUAGGAUGAGUUCUGAGCACACUAUGAAGGUGGCUGAGGAACUGUAUCAAGCUGGUUUUAUUAGUUAUCCUCGCACAGAAACUGACAACUUCUCUUCAGGAACUAAUUUGCAUGCGAUAGUUCAAGAGCAACUGGAGCAUCCGGUAUGGGGGCCUUAUGCACAACGAUUAUUAGAACCUGGUUCAGGACUUUGGAGAAACCCCAGCAACGGUGGCCAUGAUGAUAAGGCUCAUCCACCCAUUCAUCCAACAAAGUUUUCUGCUGGAGAGAAUAAUUGGAGCCAAGAUCAUCAUAAAUUGUAUGAACUGGUGGUUCGCCAUUUUCUAGCGUGUGUUUCCCAACCAGCUGUUGGAGCAGAAACUACAGUUGAAAUUGAUAUUGCUGGCGAACAAUUUGCUGCAUCAGGAAGAGUGAUUAUAGCUAAAAAUUAUUUAGAUGUUUAUCGAUUUGAAUCUUGGGGAGGUUCAGUGAUUCCAACAUAUUUGCCGGGCCAGCAGUUUGUACCCACCACACUCACUCUUGAUUCUGGAGUUACUAGGCCUCCACCACUUCUGAGUGAGGCUGAUUUGCUGAAUUGCAUGGACAAGGCAGGCAUUGGCACAGAUGCGACAAUGCAUGAUCAUAUCAAGAAACUGCUCGAUCGCUUUUAUGCAACCAAGGACCACAACACUCGCUUCUCUCCAACUAAUCUUGGCGAAGCCCUAGUUAUGGGAUACGAUGACAUGGGUUACAAAUUAUGGAAACCGAACCUAAGAUCAAUGAUGGAGUUUGACAUGAGAGCAGUUAGCGAGGGUUCUAAGAGCAAGGCUGAAGUUCUGGAAACAUGCCUUCAGCAGAUGAAAGCGUGCUUUCUAGAUGCCAAGUUGAAUAAAGAAAAACUUUUUGAAGCCAUGGCUGUGUUCUUUGAGAGAUCCAAUAGACCUGUUAGAGAUGAUCAGCAUGCGACUGUAGAAGUUGUUAGGUUGUGCCAACUUUGUAAGCAGUCCAAUAUGGUGCUUAAGCAAAGCAGAGAUGGUAAUUUCAUGGUCAGUUGUCUGGGCUAUCCGUUGUGUAGAAAUGUUGUUUGGCUUCCUGGGUCGUUGUCAGAGGCAGCUGUGACCACUAAUGUAUGCCAAUCCUGCACCCCACCCCCUGUCCACAUGAUUCAGUUUAAGUUUCGUCGGCUUGAAAUUCCACCAAACUACAAUGUUGACCACCUAGGUUGCAUCGGUGGGUGCGAUGACAUUCUCCGGCAGUUGAUAGAAAUUUGUGGAACUGGGUCUCGGAUGCCAGCAAGAGGGCAAGGGUCCACACCAUUGCCAAGUGCCGCCCAAAGAAGUACCACUAGGACACAAGUGUGCACAAACUGCAGGCAGAUAGGGCAUUCUGUUGGCGAUUGCCCCUCACAGGUUUCGGGCACAUCAAAUUCUCGGACUCGCAGAACGACCCCACAAAAUGGUGAAACUUCAAUUCCAUGCAGCACAUGUGGAGCAUUAUGUGCUUUAAGAACUGCGAAUACUGCCACUAACAGAGGGAGAAAAUUUUACUCUUGUCAAUCACCGGAAUGCAACUUCUUCGUAUGGGAAGAUAACCUUGACAGUGCAACUGGAGGAAGACGAAAUUCCAGUGGCACAUCGGGCCGAGGCAGGGGUUCCCACGGCGGGACCCGUGGCAGGGGUUCCCAUGCCGGGAGCCAUGGUAGUACUUUCGUUUCUGUGACUGGUGAUGCCAUUACUGGGAGGUGUUAUGCCUGUGGAGACCCCUCCCAUUUUGCAAAUGCAUGCCCGAAUCGUAAUGCCUGAUGACUCACACAACAAAAUCAUGGUUGCUUAUCUUCUCUCCUGGCGUCGCCAAACACUGGAGGUGGUGCUAAACUUCUUGGUGUCUUCAGUCCGAGUGCAGCGACAUCCCAUGAGACCUUUCUUUGCACCAAAGUCAAGCUGAUUUAUCCGAACUUCAAUCCCAAUGAAAGAAUAUCAGUAAAGCACCUAUUAAAGCUUUCAUUAGACAGUUUCCUCUGUAUCUUCAGACUGUCUUUAGAGUUCUUCCGAAGAGUGGAAGCUCAGGCGAAGGAUAAGCAACUGCGACGUGCUGCAGUUCUGUAAUUUCAUGUUUGGUGAGAUGUACAUGAAAUAUAAUCGUAUUGAACCGAACUGGAUCAUAUGAUCCAAUUUCAUAUUGUAAACCCUUUUCAUUUUCGAACUAAGCAUGACAUAGUUAGGGGAGGGCGCCAGUGCUCUCUCCGUCCUGUUUUCUGA